ACCAAUCCUUUAAUUUUUGGAGAAAGGGAAAACCAAUCCUUUAAUUUUCGGAAAAGGGGUAAACCGAUCCUUUCAUUUUCGGAAAAAGGGAAAACCGAUCCUUUGAUUUUCGGAAAAAGGGAAAACCGAUCCUUUGAUUUUCGGAAAAAGGGAAAACCGACAAAAGUUAUCGCUGCAGCGACUAAGGACCUGCGCUGUUAGUGACGCAGACCCCGCCCGCUGAAGGUGGGCGAGCCUGUCCGCUGAGGGUGGAUCCCCCGUCCGAUAGAAGUGGACGAAUCUGUUUUGAUGUUUUUUGAAAAUAAGGACCUACGCGGUUUGUGACGUAGACCCCGCCGGCUGAAGAUGGCGAACCUGUCCGCUGAGGGUGGACGCCCCGUCCGAUAGAAGUGGACGAAUCUGUUUUGAAAUUUUAUUUUGUUUUUUUUUUUUAAAUAAGGACCUACGUGGUUUGCGCCGUAGACCCCGCCGGCUGAAGAUGGCGAGCCUAUUUUAAAUUUGAAGACUUUAUUUUUCGAAACUGAGGACCUGCGCGGCUAGUGACGCAGACCCCGCCCGCUGAGGGUGGGCGAGCCCACUUUGAAUUUCUUAUUUUGCCUAUGUAGAAGAGCUUUUGGUGAUUACAACCUGUUGGUGGGUCGUAAUAUUUCCUGAUUAGAUGUGUCCUAUAAGUGGGUCCACACUGUGUAUAUUUUUGUUUAACAAUAUAUUUUUGUUUAUAUAUUUUUCUCUCUUUUUUUUGGAUAGAAAUAUCAAGAUAACGGAUAUCUUACACAAAAUGGGGGAGUACGCGUGCCCGACAGCGAAUAUUCGCUAUCUAGGAAGCAUUUUCAGCGCCCAGCAGUGGACGCGAGAAUUUCUAACGCCCAGAGCUGGGUGUUGAAAAUGCGAAGGGGGGGCUGGUCUUUAAAUUUGCGGACCGUCUCCUUCCUUUCCCAUUUCCACCAUUUUCGCUCAAACUUCUUCACUUCUCUCUACUGAUUUUUGCUCGUUUUCUUCACUUUCCUUCACGAAUUCUACUCCAAAUUACUUCCCAAUCUUCCCAAUGUAAGUAUUUUUCAAUAAUUUUGAGCUUUUUUGUCAAUUUCAGUAUUUUUGUCAAGUAUUUUCAUGCAUGAAAUUGAUUUGGGGGUUUUUGAUUUUGUGCCCCUUUUCUUCAAUUAGAUAGUUGGAAAUGUCCCACAUAACAUGUUAAUUAGUUUGUGCAUGUUAAUUUUGCAAGUAUGUUGAUUUUUGUUGAAUUUGGGCAUUUUCAUGCUAGCCCCCAAGUAUACCUACGAAUCUAGUAUUUUCUUAUAAUGUAGGUAUUCUUGGUAUAUUGCUUGCGUUCCUCAUAAUUCAUGAAUGACAAAUUAUGGGAGAAUUUUGAUUUUGCUGGAGUUAAUUUUUACUUAGGGAAUUUUGCUAAGUAUGAACUUAGUAUCAUUUUUUUAGGGAACAAAAAUUAUAUGACUCCAUUUCAUGAGUGAAAUGCACUCUUUUUAGGGAUCGGUAUGAGUGCCGAUCUUGUCAAAGGUAUAAUGCCUUGUUGUAUUGUUGAUCAGCAUGUCUGACGAGUCGUUACCCCCUCCUGGUGGCCACGAGGUGCGUGGCAUGACGCGUCAAUCGACUGGCCCAGGUCCCCUAUGGGUGGGCCCUGAGCUUUACGAUGGUCGUGAUCUGCACUACGACCUAGAGCACCAUGUGACUUCCCGCCUUCACGCGAGGAGAGAGACUACGGUUCGCGGCUAUGGCGCCGCGACGAGUGAGACCGUUUUUAGCUAUCUGAGCUCGGACGCUCAGGCCUUGGUGAGGGCGAGCUCACUGUUUCCGGUGGUUGAGACCUUCUGGGAGAUACUGCGGCUCAACAUCUCCCUGUCCUUUCUGCGGUCGUUCAUGAGGUGGUGGUGGGAUACCACCAACACCUUCCAUUUUCCUUGGGGCGAGAUGACGAUCACUCCUGAGGACUACAAAGCUUUGACGGGUUUGACCUUUACAGGGAACCCCGUUCGUCUGAGGUCGGACGGCCCAUCGCCGACUGUUGCUGAGGGUACCAGGCUCCUGGGCUCGUGGAUGGGUAGUAGGUUACCUUCGUACCAGCCCCGUGGGAUACCUUUCGCUGACCUGAUGUGGGCUUUGGAGCACGGGGUAGAGGAGUCGCCUUCGAGACAGGCUCGGCUGUUCUACCUCCAUUUUAUUACUUCCACUUUUCUAUCGGGUCCGACUGACACCUUUGACCCGAGGUGGAUAGGCAUGGUGGAGGACGUGUCUACACUGGGUGACUAUCGCUGGGGCGAUUUGGGCUAUGCGACGCUUGUCGGCCAGAUGAGUUUGUCGUUGCGCGACUCGGGCCCGAGUAGAAGUCACUUUGUGAUUACAUUAGCGGGAGUGUCGCGUUUGAUCGAGCUGUGGGCCUUUGAGCACUUACCUUGGCUAGCUCCCCGAAAGGGGCAGAGGCCUUUGGAGUUCCCUGCCGGUCGCCGUUGGGGUUGGAAGAAGAAGCUGACAGUGCGUCCACCGCCCGAUACCGUGUGGGAUCUUAUCCGGGACGGGAACCCUGAGCAUGUGGUUUGGACCCCAUGGCUCUCUUUUAGGGGUACCCAUGCUUCGGUCAGGGAAAGUUAUGCCCUGAGCCAGAUGCGGGUCUUGUUCGUUGGCCGCCGGGACCCUGUCUGGUACCUGGGAGAGCGGGUACGUAUGCAGACGGUCGGGGUUUUUUCGGUGCCCAGGCCUCCGCCUGCGACCAUGCUGUCUACUCGCUCGAUAGGCGAGUCGUGGAGGGUCCACUCGAGGACUGGUGUGCCGGCGACAGAGUUGGUGAUAGAGGGAGCUAGCUAUUACCAGUUUAUCCAGGAUUCUCUUCGUCUCCCGGAGCCUGGCGCUGAGGGUCCUGACCCUUUGUUGGGGGGAUGGGUGCUCCCCGAUGCUCGGAUCUCGUAUACCGGAGAGAGUGGAUCCGAGAUUGUGGAGACUUUCCCGGAAGACCGGGUUUUCCAUGCUCCGCUCCAUGAGGGAGUAGAGGCGGUUCCGGCCCGUACGGCCAAUGCGAUGGUGGGGGUGAUCAACCGGUUGAAGUCCGCGUUGGUUCGAGCUCGGUCUGCACUUUCUUGCAGGAGCCCCCACUCUACUCGGACGGCUACCGGGCGUGCUGGGGCCGACGACGCGGGUCCCUCGGGCGGGGAACACGGUCGUCGCGAGAUAGAGAGAGCACGGCACUCGCCCCUACGGCAUCGCCGUUCUGACGCGGGGGUGAGUUCUUCCGGGGAGAGGUCCGAGCCGGAGCGUAGGCAGCGUUCCGUGUCGGUGGCCCGAGAGCCUAGCCCCGAGUUGCAGUCGCAACCUCAUUUUUGGGGUGACUCUGGCUGGGGUCCCUCAUACCACGGGGAGUGGAGUGGAUGGACAGGCGAGGCUUGGAGACAUGGAGCCGAUGACGAGUCUUAGGCUUACCUCCUGUUUUAUACAUAUUCAUUCUUGUGUUCCGCAUGUAUAUAUAUAUUUUUUUGCGAUUUUUGGUGCAAGAAUGUUUUGAGCCUUCCGUGGGCUUUGUUUUAACAUAUUAUAGCAAUAUUAGCUUCCUAAACCAACGACUGAUUUCGAAAAGGAAAAGACUUUCGUAAAAAUAAUGAGUUCAUAUAA